UUUGGAAAAGUUCGAAAUGGCUGACGGUGGUUAUGGAGGUCCUAACCGCAAUUGCUACAAUUGCGGGAUGUAUGGGCAUUUCGCCCGCAGGUGUCCAUAUCCUCCGCGAAAUAAUGGAUAUGUCGGGUCUCCUCGAGCAGACGGUUAUGUACCUCCUCGUACGGGCGGGAAUGAAGUUCCAAUUCAAGGGAGACCGAUCCUUCCACCUCCUCCGCCUCAAGUACCGAAUCAAGCAGCCGCAAUUGUGGCACCUCCGGCGCCAAUCCUACAAGCCCCGCCGAUGCAGCCUCCAGCGAGUAACGCAAUCGUACCGUACCAGCCCACGUCGGCGAUUCAGUACCAACCGCCACGUGGAACAACUACGGCCAACGGAGGUAGAGGAUGGACUAAUAGACCGCGAGAGGGAAACGGCGAGGGUGAAGGGCUCAUGAUCCUGCGGGAGAUAUUGAAUGAAAGGCGGGAAGAUAGAGAAAGGAGGCGUGAAGAAGAUGAUCGGCAUGCACGUGAGGAGCAGGCCAGACUCGCGCGAGAGGAAGAAGAGCGAAGAUUGCAGCAAGAAGAAAACCGGGAAGCAGAGAGAGAGGCAAGGCUGACUCGCAUUGUUCGAGAGCAGAUGGAGGAACUCGAAGCUAAGAAGAAAGAAGACGCUUCCGGGACUAACAAGAGUAACCGUUACGGGGCAACUUGGGCAAGGUUGACCCACCAUCGAAAGAUGGUGAGAAUGCGAAAGGAGGGGAUAUCGACAGCAAGAAAAGGAAUCAAGGCACCAUGGCGGGAGGAUCAGAAAAUCCUCCGCAACAAGAGGCAGGCAGACCCAGAGUAGAAACGGCAGCUACUCCUCUUGAUGCCGGACUAAUCCGAAUGGACAUCGAUUCUUUGCGGAAGGCACAAGAGGCGCAGGUUGUGAUGUUCCGUGAGAUGUUCACCUGUUUACAGGCUAUUCGCAAGCAAGGAGCCGGGAAUGCGGCUGCGGCAGCCGCGGGUUAUCCUACACACCCAACCAUUCCUCCCACGGUGGCACCUGCUUUACAUAGUGUUCAGAAUC